AUGAAUGAAGACAUGUCUGAAGACUCGGAUGACAGCAAUGGUUGCGAUUUGAGACCAGAUAUUAAAGAAGAGCCGAACGAUAAUUCAGUGGAACCGAUGAAUGCAAUGAAGAGUUUAAUCAAUACUAAACUGCAAUCGCUUUUGAAAAAGAGUGUAAUUUCGUCGACAUCUCAGUCAUCACCACAAGAGCUGGUCUGCAAAGACAUGAGUGGAAAACAAUUGAUCCCAAGAAGUGGUCGAAAAGUAAUUCAAAACACCAUAAGUAAAGACCCGAUGGAUGUAAUGAAAGCUAAACAACAGUUGAAGAGAUCAUCACAAGAGUUGGUCUGCGAAGACAUCAUUGAAGAUAGUAGUGAAGACUCGAUGGAAUCUUUCAAUUCAAACGACGACCGACACAACAAGAAGAGUCGCCGAGUGGUGGUCAAUGUCGAGCACCCGUCGGGCGAACCGGACGUAUACCUGUCGGCGAAGAUCUCGAAAGCGGUGAACGCCCACCAAAUCGGUGGCAUUCGCUUCAUAUACGACAAUGUCGUGGAAACCAUUGCUCACUUCAAAAAGACCCCCAACAGCGACGGCUUUGGUUGCAUUUUGUCUCACGCCAUGGGUUUGGGAAAGACAUUACAGGUCAUCGGUUUCUGUGAAGCGCUUUUCGAGCACAAGAUUCUCAAGAAAGACAAUCGAGUCCUCAUUAUCGCUCCGGUGGGCACUCUUGCCAACUGGUCCGCGGAGUUCAAGAAGUGGUCGCCACUCAAACACCGGCCGUACACUUUGUUUGUGGUCCACUCUUCCGAGUCAUACCUGCGUCGGGCGCGAGAAGUGGAGGAAUGGCGAGAUAAGGGCGGCGUUUUGCUCAUCGGUUACAAGAUGUUCAGAGGGCUGACCAAAGACAACGACUUCAAGACCAAACAGUUUGCCGGUCAGAAGCCGGAAGUGUUGAGCCGUACUCUAAGCCAAUUACGCGCCGCUCUCUUGAGUCCGGGACCAGAUGUGGUGGUCUGUGAUGAGGGCCAUCGCAUCAAGAACUACAAGACACAGUCGGCGAAGUCAUUGAAUGAGAUCCAGACUCGACGCCGGGUUGUGUUGACGGGAACUCCACUGCAGAACAAUCUGAUGGAGUACUGGUCAAUGGUUGACUUCGCGCGACCCCAUUAUCUUGGCCUUCAGAAGCACUUCAAACUGAUUGUUGACCGACCGAUACGGGACGGACUGUACGCCGACUCCACCGCCGAUCAGAUCCAACUCAUGCGGGAAUUGACUUACGUUCUGCACGAGAAGACCAAAGGGUUUGUCCAGCGCCGAAGCCACGAUGUGUUUGAAAGAGUGCUUCCGUCGAAACUGGAGUUCAGAAUUCACAUCCGUUUCACUGAUAUACAGAAGCGACUGAUGAAGGCGUUGAUCGGAACAGCUAUCGACAAACCCGAAGAGAUCGGUUGUAUGGACGGCAAAAUGGUAUCCAUUCUGACACUCUUCGCCAUCUGCUCCAAGAUCUGGAACCAUCCGGACGUCAUUCACGACGUGGUGGUCAACAACAGCAAAGACAGGGCGCGGGUUCAGGACUUGGACGCGCCCGACAACGACGACGACGGCGACGAAGCGCCCGCUGAAGAGCCCGUCCAACGCAAAGCCAACUACGGGUUCGCCGAAGAGAUACUUAACGGCUAUCAACGGGGAGUGAUUACCAACUCAUACAAAAUGGUGCUCUUAUUGGAGAUCAUCUCAAAGAGUCUCAUGAAAGGAGAUAAGGUGUUGGUGUUUACCCAAUGGCUGUCAACUUUGGACACCAUUGAGGACUUCAUUGAUGGCAAGAAACUGGCGAAGAGUAACGAUAAAUGGCGUAAAAGAGUCACGUAUUACCGAUUGGACGGCUCGACACCCGUUAAACAACGCGAGACUGACAUCGAGCGCUUCAAUACCAACAAAAAGGCCAAAUUGUAUCUCAUCUCUACCCGAGCGGGUGGUCUGGGCAUCAAUCUUACCGGCGCUAACCGUAUUGUCGUGAUGGACGCCGCGUGGAACCCAUGCCAUGACAGUCAGGCCGCCUGUCGUGUGUACCGAUACGGACAGCGGAAGAAGUCUUAUAUCUACCGAUUUAUUUGCGACAAUUCACUGGAGAAGAAGGUCUCGAAUAAACAGGUUUGCAAACAAGGAAUGGCCCGUCGAGUAGUGGACGGAAAGACUGUUAGAUCAGUCAUCUCGUUGAAAGACAGCCAAUCGCAGAUCAAAGAGCUCCGCACUAUCGAAGAACCGGCGGUCCAGUCGUACCCAAAGAAUGUGUUGUCGCCGUUGAAAGACAAUCACUUGGAGCUAAUCUGUGGCAAAUUCAAUCACGCGAUCACAACACUCCCCGAACCGUAUGACUCGCUUUUGGAGGAAAGGGUGGACCAGAUUCUGACCGCCAACGAGAAGGAGAGUGCGGUCCGCGGCUAUGAGACCAGAGAGAAGACUAUAUCUCAUUAA